AUGAGGAUACCCAUUCGUGAACAGCUUGGUCUGCUCAUCCUGCUGUCAUCGCUCAUUGGCCUUGCCGUGGUCUCAGUAGCAACAUGGAUCUCGAACCACAAUUUCGUCCUGAGCAUCCGCUCGAGCCGGUUAUCCCUAACUGCUUCGCUCAAGGCCGCACAGCUUGCCUCCAACCUCAACCUCAUGCAGACCUCGGCAAACUUCAUAAGCAACAGGAUUGUGAUACAAAAUGCAUUGCAACGCUUCAACGACCAAGGCAACAACUCAUCGCAGAACUGGUAUAAUGCUGCGAUGGACAUGCAGGAUGCACUCAGCGGAGGCGGGAGUGUAGGUCAGACGCUGCUGCUGCAAAGCAUGGUUUUUCCUAAGAAUGCGACUGGACCAUCAAGAGGCGCAUCGUUACUGAACACAACCAGCAGUACAAUCAACAAUACUGUCUUGCUGCCCUAUCUAUGUCCGGAUGGAUCUGCGGUAUAUCUGGGCGACGGACAGUGUGGCGACAUGAACCUUGGCUAUCCAGCACCCCUUUACCCGAAUCUUACCUACAUACAACAACACUAUAACAGCACAUACGACAUCUCUAACGCGACAUACAUGGGAGACACACUUGGGGUUGGUUCCGCCCUACUGAUUGGUCCCUGGCGUGCCGACCAAUGGACGUCGCUGGUUUCGCUCACCAUGCCCAUUAUCAACAACACCAGUGCAGUUGACGUACUCGCCUGGUUGACUUGCAUUAUGAAUGCCACGCUUAUACAGCAGGUGCUGAGCUCCGAUACCGGUCUUGGCGAGACCGGCCAAACGCUACUUGUUGGACCUGCGAGCAAGUCGAACGUCUUCCAAAGCAACAUUGUCGACAACAGCAGUGCGUCCGGAAAUUUUGCAGUCCAUUACAUUCUGCCAGUGAACUCUUCGGCCCACGUACGCCAUCCAGGUUUCAACGCAACAUCCAAUCCUACCUUCAACGCAAGUCGGUAUCCUGCUGUCGAAAGAGUAUUCACUAGGGCUGACGGCCAACCGGACAACUCUGGCGCCUUAAUCCAGACGAGGAACGAGGCGGGUCAGAAGGUCUCGGUCGGAUACGCCUUACCUCAGCAAAGCAUCGUGCAAUGGGCCAUACUGGUGGAGCAAGCCCCAAGCGAGGUUUGGCAGCCAAUCUAUCGUCUGCGCGACAUCCUUCUGGCAUGUGUCUUUGCUACAGCUGCGCUUAUGGCGCUCAUUGCCUUCCCGCUUGCCCACAUCUUCAGCCUUCCGAUCCGCAGACUGCGCGAAGCUACCGCACGCUCGAUUGAGCCUCCUGGCGCCACGCCGAGCAGGUCAAGCUUCAACUCUAUCCGGUCUGAACUUGAUGGACAUGCAGGGGACUCGGAAGAAGUUUCGGAAGAAGUUUCGGAAGAAAUUGCGAACGGCGGAGACGUUGACCCCGUGCUGGCGCGAAAGGAAGGAAUGACCAACCCUGUAGCCAGGUGGCGGAAAAGUCGGCUUGAGGACCGUGAGACAAAACGGGAAGCCAAGCGCGAAGCGAGAAGGAAACGCGCCUUCAAGAUUCCUGGCAAGGUGAAGGAGCGCAAGACGUGCAUCAAGGACGAACUCACGGAUCUCACAUCGACAUUCAAUGAGAUGUCGGACGAGCUCAUGAUGCAGUACGAGAGGCUGGAGGAGCGAGUACAACAGCGGACCGCGGAACUGGAGCUGAGCAAGAAGGCGGCAGAAGCAGCGAACGAAAGCAAGACGCUGUUCAUUGCCAACAUCUCGCACGAGCUGAAGACGCCUUUGAACGGCAUCCUUGGCAUGUGUGCUGUGUGUAUGCAAGAGGAGGACCCCGUGCGACUAAAGCGCUCGCUUGGCAUAAUAUACAAGAGCGGAGAUCUACUACUGAAUCUACUUACUGACUUGCUCACCUUCAGCAAGAAUCAGGUAGGACAGCACAUCUCACUCGACGAGAAGGAGUUCAGGCUCCGCGAUGUCAGCUCGCAAGUGUUAGCGAUCUUCGACAAACAGGCGAAGGAAGGGCAAAUCGACCUCCGGGUCAAAUUCGAGGGCGUGCACGGGCUCGAGACCGACAAUACCGCACAGGAUGGGAUUGAGUAUGGACCGGCUGGCACAGGCAAAGUGAAGAAUAUGGUGCUGUGGGGUGAUAUUCACCGCAUAUUGCAGGUUGUCAUCAAUCUGGUGUCGAAUGCGCUAAAGUUCACGCCAGCCGGUGGGUCUGUAGUAGUGAUCAUUCGAUGUCUACCUGAGAUACCGGACAUGCAAAGCAGGAAGGGCUCUACCCUAAGCCGACAGUCGCGCCAGUCGCGGCAGCACUCUUCCCGACAUAAAGGUUCCGAUGCCAGCCUCGCAGUCGGUAAAGUCGACACAGCUUUGGUGAAUUUCUCCAAGGAUCGGAUGCAUCCCGCUAUACACGAGCGUGCACCGUCGCCACCACCUGGCAGGUACUUGUACUUCGAGUUUGAGGUCCAAGACACAGGACCAGGCAUACCGGAGAACUCGCAGCAGAAGAUUUUCGAGCCUUUCGUACAGGGAGAUCUUGGGCUCAGCAAGAAGUACGGUGGCACUGGGUUGGGGCUGAGUAUUUGUUCGCAGCUUGCGAGCUUGAUGCGCGGGACGAUUGGUGUGCGGAGUACGGUCGGACAGGGUAGCACGUUUACUAUGAAGAUUCCGAUCCGGCAUAUACAGUCACGCGCGGACAGCACGAGCUCGUCCGUUGAUCUCCAAGGCGAUGUUGCGGGUAUGCGAUCGAGUUAUUCACUUGAGGACGGUGACCGAACACCAGCACGGCAUAGCAGACAUCUCGUAACCGACCAUGACGCAUUGCAGAAGGAAAGCGCCAUCAACACCAGUGGUCCGCCGACACCUAGUCUAGGAAGCGAUUCACAACCUCGACUGAUAGGCCUUAGUCAGCCAUUCUUCGCCGCUAGUCAACCUAUGGAGUCACCAGGAUCUCAGCCAGGCGCGAUGGAGAAGAUCACAGCAGAAGCGACACGAGGCGGCAAGAUUCGUGUACUCGUGGCAGAGGACAACAAGGUCAACCAGGAGGUCGUUCUUCGCAUGCUGAAGCUUGAGGACAUCUAUGAUGUUACCGUCGCCAAGGACGGGCAGGAGGCGCUUGACAGAGUACGCGAAUCAAUGGAUGGUCCGAAUGGACAGCCCUACAAUCUGAUUUUCAUGGAUGUUCAAAUGCCGAAUGUCGAUGGCUUGACGAGCACCCGGCUGAUCCGGGAGAUUGGGUAUCAAGCGCCAAUUGUGGCUUUGACGGCGUUUGCGGAAGAGAGUAAUAUCAAAGACUGCUAUGAGUCUGGCAUGAACUACUUUCUUUCCAAACCCAUCCGUCGACCGCAGCUGAAGAAAGUACUCAAGGAGUACUGCGCACCUAUUCCAGAGGAGAACGAAGAAGUCACGCCACCGGAGAUGGCAUCCAAUAGAGGCUCUGGGAGUCGGAAUACAACAAUUGUAAUGGUGAAUCCACCUGUUCAGGAGGGUGAGGCCGAUCAUAAGGCGGUCCCAAACAGUGAAAAGCAUCCGGCCCGCAACGACGGAGCGUCACUAGAACGGACGGAUACCGGAGAAUAG